UUAGUUUAUGGAUUGUAUGUUAAAUCAUGAAAAGUACACCUUUUUGUCUCAUAUAAGCACCAGUUGUUGUGUGGCUUUCCUCUGGUGUGCAGUACUUAUACCGCAUAAGUUGUGCGGCAAUAGAUAUACUAUAUAUACAUAAAGUCGACGCAUAGUUGGUUUGAUUGGCCGUUCCGUUGCAUCUAAUUUUUAAUAUGUGUUUAGUUGUCUGGUGUGGCACUGGUAGUUGUGUUUGUCUACUAAUUUAUAGUGUGUGUUAUAACUUAUAACACUUACUUUAUAACACACAAUAAUUCUAAUUAAACUCAAAAACUAUAACAUAAUUAUUUAAUACAACUUAUCCAUUGAUUUGAUUGAUUGGAUGGUUAGUUUAGGGAACUCAUAUUUAAUGCCAAAUAAAAUCCAUAAUUGUGUUCAAAAUAUUAAAACUUAAAAAGUUUAUUUAAUAAUUUUCUAAAUAAUAACAAAAAUGCAAUCGUUUACAUAUUUUCAAGUUUUUAAAUUCAUCUCUAUUUAUAUAUUACUGAUCAUUACAUUAUUGGGACCAUUGAUUAUAUGCCCAACAAAGGGACUGUCAGUUUCGGAUAUAUGUGAUUAUAGUAGUGGACAACAAGUUUAUUGUAAUUGUGAUAAUCAAGGAGCGGAUGAGGCCCGAGAGGUCACUUGUUUUAUCAUCAAAAGCGAAGGACUCAACCGGUCUUCUUCUAUAUGGAAAGGAUUCAAACUCCAGAAAAACAUAACAUCACUGAUAGUUACCACAAGAUUUGAUGCGAGAAUCACUUUCAUACCGAUGUCAGCCCUCAAAAAUAUUGACAGUUCUCUACAAAGAUUAACCAUCAAUGAGAUGAAGUUCGGACAUCUCGAGAGAUAUGCAGUCAAUAAUUUGACUCAAAUAGAAAAAAUAAUUUUAGAAAACAAUGAGAUCACUGGUCUUAAUGAAUAUUCUUUUGCUUUUCUACCGGCGCUUAAAAGCCUUUCCAUAGCUAGUAAUUCAUUACAAGUAUUAAAAGCUAAAUCAUUAAUACAUUUACCGGCGUUGGAGUCAUUAUUUCUAGAUCGGAAUCGACUGAUAACUAUUGAAGACAAUGCAUUUGAUGGUCUUAAGAGUCUUAAAGAGAUUGAUCUUCGACUCAAUGAUAUAUCAGUCAUCAGUUGGACCACAUUUAAUGGUCUGCCAUCUCUUAAAAAUUUGGAUUUGUCUCGCAAUCGACUUAAAACUAUUCCCGAAAAUGUAUUCAUAGGCGCACCACUUCUUCGUGAAUUAAAUCUCAAUCGAAAUCUUAUAGAAAGUAUUGAUGAGAAGGCCUUCCGAAACACAUCUCAUUUAAUGUCUUUACUAUUAAGUGUCAAUAAACUCAAACAUCUUUCGAGUCUAACCUUCAAAGAGAGUCCAAACUUAGUUAUUAUUGAUUUGUCUGAAAAUAUGUUACAAACUUUUGAAAGCGAACUCAUCAGUGAUUUAGUGUCAAAAGGACAGCAGUUUGUCGUUUAUCUCAGAGGUAAUCGACUUGAAUGUGAUUGUCAUCUGUUGUGGUUAAGCGAUAGAAAACAAAACUUUAGUGAAUUACUUCAACGGGAGUUAAGAUUUGUUAAGUGUGUGUUUCGUACAAAUAUUAUGGGUUUCAAUGUCGACGAUGAGAUCAAAGUAUUGGAUUUGGGCCGAAACGAGUCGGUCCGCAAAAGUUGUUCACAUAAUUCACUUGAUUUUGAAGACAUUUCAGACAAUACCAACAAUAACCACAAGAAUAACGAUGACUCGUAUGAGAAUGUUAUCGAAAACAAAGAUAAUAAUAAUAACAAUCAAAGUAUAACACAAUCAGAGUUUGACAAUAAAAAUGAUUUGAGUUUAGAAAAUAAAAAAGAAAUUUUAGAAACAAAAAUAUUGUCGACUGAAUUGAGUCCUAAUGUUAAUAUCAAUGGUAUUGACGAAGAGAUCAAAGAAAAUCAUUUAACUGAAACAAAGAGGAAGAAGACUAUGACAGACAAAAGUCAUUUGGGUGCCAGUCGUGAAAGACAACCGACCAAUGGAUCAUCCAUUUCC